UUAAAAAUACAACUCUGUUGGUUUGAGUUGAAUAUUGAAUUUCACAACAAUACAUACAAAUUACCAAAUCAGCUGUUUGUCAAUUGAGUGUGAUUACUUCGAAACGUCAAUAACUUAGAAGGCAUUGUUAUUUAAUCAUAAAAAUAAUUUUAAUUUGCACAUCAUACAAAAUUUUUAAAGCAAAAUGUCACUGGUACGACAAUUGGUACGUCAAGUAGUUAGCAACAAAGCAUUACGCAUACAACCGCGCUAUUUCGCCGAUAGCACAGCCGGUAGUGUAGCCGCUAUUGAUAAAGACACACUAAGUAAAAUAGUGCGCACCAAUAAAGUUGUCGUUUUUAUGAAAGGUAAUCCAGAGGCACCACGUUGUGGAUUUAGCAAUGCUGUCGUACAAAUUUUCCGCAUGCAUGGCGUACCUUACGAUGCACAUGAUGUACUAGAAAGUGAAGAAUUGCGACAAGGUAUCAAAGAUUAUACUGAAUGGCCCACAAUACCACAGGUUUUCAUUAAUGGCGAAUUUGUUGGUGGUUGUGAUAUUCUAAUUCAAAUGCAUCAAAGCGGUGAUUUAAUUGAAGAGCUUAAAAAAGUUGGUAUCGAAUCGCAAUUGUUGAAGAAUGCUGAAGCGGCAGAAGCCGCAAAAGAUGCAGAAAAAGAAAAAAAGUAAAUUAAAACGUCAUGUUUUAUAAAGAACUGAUAAGUUUAUUGAAAUAAUUUUAUUAUA